GCGAGAGUUUUAAAGGGCAGAGUUGUAAAAACUCCCAGGCUGUGGGGAGUUAGCUUACCAGCCUGUUAAUCCGAAUUCAACUUUACCCCACGGAAGCAUCGCCUGGAACAUUUUAAAGACGCAACGACGAAAUACGAACGACAUUUUGUAUCUCCUUUAGAAAGUAACGCUAGCGCCUGUACGAAGAAAAACGGAUCAGACCCUGAUUAUUGAAAGAAAAAGCUGUUGUGAAUUUCCAUGAUCUUUAACCUAACGCUGUUGCAGGACGGAUAUUAAUCUUGGCAACAAGCAGUGCUUUUUUUUUCUUCAUUAAUCUGAUCAUUGCUGCCAUAGUUUUUUUCUUUCUUUUUUUUUUCUUUUUUGCGAAGCUCUGAAAAAGCAACUCUGAAGGGAAGUAGAAUCUCCUCGCCUCUGAAGCAGCUAUGCAGCUUGAAAUUCAAGUAGCACUCAACUUUAUUAUUUCCUAUUUAUACAACAAACUCCCUCGACGACGCGUGAACAUCUUCGGCGAAGAACUAGAGAGGCAGCUGAAGAAAAAAUAUGAGGGCCACUGGUAUCCGGAUAAGCCAUACAAAGGUUCGGGGUUCAGGUGCAUCCACGUAGGGGAGAAGGUGGAUCCCGUGGUGGAGCAGGCUGCCAAAGAGAGCGGGCUGGACAUCGAGGACGUCCGGCAUAAUCUCCCUCAGGACCUUAGUGUGUGGAUCGACCCGUUCGAGGUGUCCUACCAGAUUGGGGAGAAGGGGCCGGUCAAGGUGCUCUACGUGGACGAUAACAACGAUAACGGGUCGGAGCUGGACAAGGAGAUCAAGAACAGCUUCAACCCCGAGGCCCAGGUCUUCAUGCCAAUCAGCGAGCCCGUCGGGGCGUCCUCAGAGUCCAGCUCCCCCUCGCCUCCCUUCGGGCAGUCUGCUGCCGUGAGCCCCUCCUUCAUGCCGCGCUCCACCCAGCCCCUAACCUUCACCACUGCCACCUUCGCUGCCACCAAAUUCGGCUCCACAAAGAUGAAGAGCAGCGGCCGCGGCGGCAACAACAACAACAACAACGCCGCCACCACCCCCAACAGUGGCGGUAGCAACAAGGUGGUCCGCACCUCCCCAACCAGUAAUUUGGGUCUGAAUGUCAACACCCUACUGAAGCAGAAAGCCAUCUCCACCUCCAUGCACUCGCUGUACGGGCUGGGCCUGGGGCAGCAGCAGCAGCAGAAGGCCUCCGCGCUCUCCCCCAACGCCAAGGAGUUUGUGUUCCCCAGCCUCCAGGGUCAGGCCAGCCCCGGAGCCGUGUUCCCCGGGGAGGGCUCCCUGGGUCUCGGCCCGGCGCCGUACAACAAUGCCUUUGACGUGUUCGCCGCCUACGGAAGCCUCAACGACAAGUCCCUCAUGGAUGGCCUCAACUUCAGCCUGAGCAACAUGCAGUAUUCUAACCAGCAAUUCCAGCCGGUCAUGGCUAACUAAACUCGUCAUAGCGAUGUUAUUUAUGAAUGAUGGUGGCUCAAAGAGAAGGAAAAACAAAACGCACAGAUAGGGAAAACUGGACUUUCAAGAAUAUAGCGUCUAAUCAGUCAAGCGCAUGUGCCCAAGGGUGUUUUACUGUGCCCCUUGAGUUUGUUUUGACUAAAGGCUUGUACAAACACAUCCAGGCGUGGUUACUUCAAUCCAACAUGCAUUGUUUUUCUUUCUUUUUUGCCAACCGAGCACAACAUUUUUUUACCAUGUUGAAAAUACUCAAAACGUAAAAUAUAUAAAAAUACAAGCUUCACGUUUUGGCCUCUUACAGUAUUUUACAGGUGGUAAGACAAGGCUGAUUUUAUGGAUUGGCACGACUAAGUGGGGUAUCUGUCUUUUUCUAAUUGUAUAAUUUAAUUUAGUACAGAGUUUGUAAGAUAUCAGAGUAUAUAUUGUUUCUAUGACAUGGUGUUGCAUUUAUAUCUUUUUACUACUCCAGUGAUCUGUGAUGGCUGCAGCAGCUUUUUCUUUUUUAAAAAGGUAAUUGUUAAAGAAACUCAUCUUUAAAAAAAUAAAUGAAUACAUUGAAUAUUCU